UUCUUUUUAAAGAAUUCAAGAUGCAUUUUAGGAACUUUGAUUACAUUUUUGGCUCCUUAAUUGCCUGUGCUGUGGACAGCAGUGUCUUCAGUCAACCUGAAACCAGGGCCAGGUUUGAAGCACUGUUUAGAACAUAUGACAAGGAUGUCACCUUUCAGUAUUUUAAGAGUUUUAAAAGAAUAAGGAUAAACUUCAACAACCCUUUGUCAGCAGCAGAUGCUAAAAUUCGGUUACACAAGACGGAGUUUCUUGGCAGGGAACUGAAACUGUAUUUUGCUCAGACUUUGCACAUUGGAAACCCACACUUAGCACCACCAGAUCCAGAAAAACAGUUCUUGAUUUCUCCUCCAGCUUCUCCCCCUGUUGGUUGGAAACAAGCAGAAGAUGCCACACCAGUUAUUAAUUAUGAUCUUUUAUAUGCAAUCUCCAAACUAGGACCAGGAGAAAAAUACGAACUUCAUGCAGCAACUGACUCUACUCCCAGUGUUGUUGUCCAUGUUUGUGAUAGUGAUGAGGAAGAAGAAGAGGAAGACGAUGCAGUCAAGAAACCAAAACCAAAAAUUAUUCAAACCAGGAGGCCAGACUACACACCUUCUUACCAAAGCUGAACUGUAGAUAGAGCUUUCUCAAGUGUUGUAAAACUGACAUGCUCAAAGGAGAUGCUGGGGAGCUGUGGAUGGUUAAAACUUGGAUGACAUUAGAUGUAGAAGUGGAAAUUCUAAUGUAAAGAUACUUUAAGAAAGGGAAUGUCUUCAUUUCUAUAUUUUUAAUGCUCCACGAUGACUGAUGAGACAGAUCCCAACAUGAACUUCCUAAAUGUCUUGGAGAGGGUGAAGGCAUUAGGUGGCGGUAUAGAAACUGUUGGUGUGGUAGAGAGAUUUUUGGGUACCCUCAGCCUCUGUUACAAAGCAGCCUUCUCUGUUUAUUUAUCUAUUCAAUAAUUAACUCCUCUGAUUCAUAGAUUAGACGUUGUGGCUGCUGUUCUAAAAUACAUUCACGGGUGAAUAAGGCCCAUUGGAACAAACAGAACAAAGAAGUGCAUGUAGUUGGGAUUUCAGCUUGUGAUAGUAUGUUAUAACAGUUUAAAGAUGAAGCAAGAAAUGAUUAAUUUUUAUAUUAGUGUUGUGCAUGAAUAUAGAACUUUAAAAGUAAGUUUGCUUAUUUUUUUCUGUCAUUUCUAAUUUUAUAUUGCUGAGAAAAAUGAAAAAUUAUCUCAAGUACUGACUGUCCAGGCUUCUUUCUGAAUUAUGGUUGAAUUGCCUGUUCACUUUUCAGUGGGAACACAUUUUUAAUUUACACCUUCCAUUUUGAUGCAAUAUCCCUUUUUGAUGUUAACUGCCAAUGUUUGGUUUUAUCUAGCAAUCCUAUGAAAUGUGUGCAUAUUUAAACAGGAAGGUGACUUUAAAUUCUCAAUGAACCUAUUUAUAUUGGUUUAGGCCAUCUUGAUUUCAAACAGAAAUAUAUGAAGACUUGCAGGCAAAGCUUUUGCUGUACUACAGUUCACGACAGUGAGAAAAUAUAAGCUGUAUUGUCCUAGCCACAAAUCUGUAUGUUUAUAGCUGUUGCUCUUAUAUGUAGUUAGUGGUAUUGGAGCAUGUUUAAUGUGUAAACAAAUAGGGAAUGUGUCAUUUGAGAAUGAUGGAGUGCCUUUUCCCCAGAUAUUCCUGCGGGGAUUGUUGCACUAGCAGAAAGAUUUUGCUUUUUUGUUAAUUGGCAGUGGAUAUUUUAUAUCAGUGUGUUCUGCUUAGGCAUCAUAGUAUGGUGUAACUUGGUGUUUGAUGCCAAGCUUUGCUCUAAGAGCAGCAUUUGGUUAUAUGCUACUAAAGGCGAGCAGCAAACAUUGUUCAGUCUCUCUUUUUUUUGGUAUCAUGUUUACAAAAACUAAACUAACUGCACAGUGACACCCCACUUCAAGUGUUCCUAGGAAUCUCCUUUUUAAUAAGAAUGCUUGAAAUGAAUUUUAAGAGGGUUUUUAAAAAAUAAACACUCUUCUCUAUUUGUGAUGAUUAAGCAAAGGUGUUCUCUUUUUUAAGAUAAGGGAUUUCAUUAAUUUUACAAACUCUGUCACCGUGUUUGGAACCAUUGUAGCCAAUGCUGUAUAAAUAUUUACGUGAAGUCAGCAGUGCAUAAUGUGUACUGUAUUUGUAAUACUCUGGUUUUGCCCAGUCAUGUUUUUAAAGCCAUGAAGCCAAUUCAAUAUAUGUACAAAUAGAACACCUGUAUGUAGUUUAUUUUGUAUAAAGAAUUAUAAUGCAAGAUCCAUAAUGCACCUAGUUGUAGAGCCCUGCUUGUACUGGAUCACAUGACUAUAUAGUUCUGCACUGGGACUGCUCUCAGGACUACUUAGAUUUUCCUUUUAAAACAGAGGAGUUUUGCAGAAUGUCAUACUGCAGGUUGAUGGUACUUUGUGUUUUCCUGUAUUAUCAGUGUUUCUGCAGCUUUGUCUAAGCUGCAGGAAGACCAAGCGAAUUGGAUGUUACUGCAGGGUGGAACUUUACCUGCAGCCUGCUGUGUUCUCUGUAAUGCUGCUCCUGGUGUAUUGGAUUCUCAGGAACACUGGGGGGAGGGGUCUUACACAAGCAGGAAAAGAUUUAAGAUUUCACCCAAGAUGUCUUACAGCUUAAUCCCAAGCGUAUAUACGUGUAAUUAAGUUCAAUUGCUUUCAAUGGAACAAUAUGCCGAUAAUUCUGCUUAGUUUGCAGCAAGGCUGUUUCAGUCUGUUGAUAUAAAAAAUGUGAACUAACUGCUGAAGAAUGUACAAAAUCGCCACCGUAGUUUCAUGUGCCCAAAUAUUCUACCUAGACUGGUUUAGGGAUUUUAUUUACAGACAUUCUUCUCCUUGGUCUCCAUGUGUUAACCAUAGAACUGAAGCAUGAUAAGCAAAACAGACCACUUCUUUCCAAAACAGAACUAUACUGUGACAUAUUUGAUACAGGCCUAUAAAAAUACCUCAUUGCUUUCAAGCAGGGAGAAGGAAAUUUUAAUAACAGCUAUGAGACCAGGAGUAUCACUGAUUGUUUCUCUUUUAGCCAAGGUGCUCUGAUCAUCAUUUUUCAUUUAAUUACAUUAUGCAAAUACUACAAGGCUUGCUACUGAAAGAAUGUAAGUCUGUGUUGUUUCUAUAUCCUUGCACUUUUGACAGUUUAUAUGAGCUGCUAUGAUGUAGCCUUGAUCUAAGCAUCUGUCAUUUCCUACACAGUGCAAAAUUGUCUAAAGAUUACAUAAUAAAAAAUGGCUUUUUCCUUCCCCAAAGGUGUAUGGAUAUUCAGUUGAGUUCCAUGAUGUGCUCUGAUUUUACUGUGGAGGUAGUCAUGCAUCCUCUUUGGAUGUUACAUCUCUCUUCUUCAACAGAUCUGGAAAACAAAUUGUGAUACUUCUGGUGUUAUGUGUGAGAGAGCCUGCAGAACAUUUGGAGAAAGAUUGAAAUUCAGUAAAUAUUUUAUGCAAGUUUAUCCAACCUGCGAAUGAGCAUUGUUUAAUAUCAGUAUAUCUUUAAAAAU